CAUAAAUUUGUACAAAACUACUGCAGAAGAAUAUUGACAUUACAUGUGGUAGCUUAUAGAUUCUUGAUACUGCAAAAAUGGAGAUUAUGGAGGAUGGAAAUUUAGUGGAUCGCGUAAGAAUUUUGUUACAACGAGAUAUGCAAUAUUACCAGAACGGAUUUAAUAUCGAAAGCGCAUUACCCCGUAUUUAUCCCAUUUACCGCGUAUAACUUGAUGGGAGUAGGAGGAGGGCAAUUGAUUUAUUGGCCGCGAUCGAAAAUGGGAUAGCGGCGCACAUACGUGUGGAAAUUGAACAAUUCAAUUAUCGGUCAUUAUCGCGUUUCACUGGACACGGCUCGACUUUUAAAUCAUAAAGAAAACAUAUUUAGAGGAAGAUACUGUAUCAAUUAAUGAAACUAUUAAAUAUAGAAUAUUAAUAAUUAUUUCUUUCAUAUUUUAUAAAGUUUUUGGUUUUAUUACAUUUCAUUAUAUUUUUAAUACAACUAAUUAUUUAAAUCACAAUCUGACGAGAUCAGCCGAUGUUUUAGUUAAUUUUCGCGCAAUUACAAUAAUUUGCAUAUAUAACAUCAUCUUCGCGUCGGGAAAUAUUCUGUAUGAAAGUAUAAUAACACAAACGUGAGCGCGCGCGCCUACGUAUUAUCACGGAAAAGAAAGCUGAAUUUAUGCAUUUAAUUGAUUCCAGGCCAAAGUUGUAAAAAUAUCAAUUAAAUUUUUCUUAUUUUGAUCAUUGAUUUGAAUAGAUAAGUUUCAAUUCAACUAAUUGACAAUUCAUUCGAAUAACCGAAGAACAUUUUAUUGACGAUUAUUUUCAACGAAUUUAACUAAAGACCAUUUGAUUGACGAUUGAUAUGAGCGAAAGAAAUAAAAAGAAUCGUUUAAUUAACAAUUGAACUUAGCAAAUUAAAAGCCGUUUAAUUGUCAUGUAUAAGUAUACCAAAUCGCAAUUACAUCAAUCAAGAAGGAAAACGUAUAUGUACCGAAGGCGUAGGCGUUAGUAGCGCGCGUAAUCAACGAAACGCAAUUAAUUUAUCAUAAUUGUUCGCUGACUCUUAUUUAAAUACGGCGUACCGACGUAAUUAAUACCUUGCCUCGUAUGCGGCGCCGUAAUUUGCGAUACAGGAAAUGCAGACCGUCCUGAGGGAGCCUCUGUGUUUACGCAUCAGCGGUGGAAAGCUCGAUUUUCCGCGGCACGCUUCGUUCGCCGCGAUUAAGAUCGUCACAUGGUGGGAAGCGGAUUUUGCGACCGCUUUUAAACGACCUUCCGGUUUAAGUUCUGCCGGGAACGGAAGCGCGUCCAGCGUCGACAGCGAAGACGGUGCCAUUAAGCGUAUCCACCCAACCGAUUUUAUUCUGGUCGUAGUCGACACCGCUGAUCAGUUGCUAGAGCAUUUGCACAUGUUGAUUCAAGAAUCCUUGGAUCACGCCGAUCUCACCGUGCUCACCGCUACUUUGGGCGCAGCAGCGCUCAUACGAAAUUGCUUAUGGUGCUACAAUCAGCACGCGAAAGGAGCAAUUUCCUCUCAAUCGAGUGAGAGAAUCAACAAAUCUUACAAAGAAUUUCACGAAAUGGCCGAAGCUGUGGCGGAGAGACUGCUCGAUCUGCACUGUCGAUUAAUAUCCUUGUACAUCCUUAACGAGGCGGACUCGCUCAGUUGGCACAGCAAUAAGCCAUUCUUCGAGAGGGAACGGUGCUCCUACGUUAUACAGAUGUGGUGGUUGUACAUGCAAGGCACCAAGGCGGACUUGUGGAACACGGUCUCGCCUAAGAUGGCACAGCGCGUAUUUUCAGGAAUGCUAAAUGAAUCGCUAUCUAUCAUAACGUCGCGGUUUACCCACGGUCGACCGACACUGGCGCGAUCUGAGCAAUUUUGGUCGGACGCCUUUAACGUGCUUUGCUGUACGGGAUAUCUCGCUUUAGCCGCGUGUAUCGACAGCGAUGAGAUGAUAGGUGCACGUCCGAAUAACUUGUCGACAGCCGUACGGGACAUACAUGCAAAAUGUAACGAACUGCUAAUAUGCCUGCUGCUCAGAGGCACUCCACUCAAAGGACUGUAUCAGAUUUUUCGGCAUGGAUUAGAGAAUUUGGCGAUUCUGCGUCCUCGUUGCGGUCCAGCCGCUUGGUUGUUAAUAUGCGCUCCAAACUUGUUAGGCUUGAUUGAUAAUCCAGCAGACAUUGUAACGUUAUCCGAAGAUAAAACCGUCAUUCUUGAAUUGAACGUUAUGAGGCAUCAGCCUCAACCUAACUGGCCUCAACUAAUGAAGGUGAUAUCGAUGGACAAUUAUGUAGUAGCGAAGAUGCUGCUGAAAACCUUGGUGCGUCAAACCACGGGCUUCACAUGCGUGGACGAUACGGCUGAUAAAUCCAAGAAGGAGCAGAUGAGUUGCAGCGGUUUUCUGUGCAAUGGAUCAGCCUGUGAUAAAUCACUGAAAAUAACACCUACUUUGGCGCUAUAUAGUUUAUUUCAUAUACUGGUGGUCACUGUCAACGAGCUGGAGCACAUAAUUAUACCGGCGUUGAAGCAGGAUCCAAACUGGUCCAAUUAUUUGGACAGACAGCAGGUGUGGAAUCAAUCGAGGCCGCCGUGGCUCAAUGCGUUAGUGAAGCCGCUGAAGAUCAUGAUGCAGCCAGUGGCAGAGAUGCUUUUGGAAGCCGCGAAAACAGGUGCCAGUAUAUAUCAGACGAUGUCCCUGGCGAUCAGCUGCUUCUCUGAGUUGUAUGUGACGGCGUCGAGUUCCGUUUUGCGCGCCGCGUUCACGUUAAACGACAAUAUCCCUGCGCACUGCCGACCGAUCGGCGGCAAUGUGCUGCUCCAAGUUCUGUGCGCUGCCCUGUAUUCCACCCUCCUGAACGUGUCCUCUAAAGGCAGAAACGAGCCCCAGGGUACACCAAGUUCCGGGAACAUGAGCUGCUGUGAGCUCAGCCCCUUCAAUCCGUAUGAGAGAUCGACCGCCGCCACGGCGCUCGCCGAGGCGAUUUGCAGCAUCGACGAGGAUAACAAGCAUACGGCACAGAUAGACUCCUUCCUGCUCGGCGUGAAGGAGAGCCUCGAGAAACAAAGUGAAAAUUCGAGAAACACCGAGUUGCAGAAUAUGUCUUGCGUCAUCGAGACUUACACGGACGAGUUAUUAUUCACGAACACUGGACGACGUUCUUUGAAAAUCACAUAUGAAUAUUUAAUACGAGCGUCCGACUGGGUAUUGACCAAUUUACAUCGUGAUGAGAAGCAUAGACAGAUAGAUCUGAUUAAUCUACCAGAAGUUUCGCCCGUGGUGAAGCCCCUCACGCAUAUAAUGUUCCACAUCGAAGACACGUGCUUUGAUCAGUUUAUGGCUGAUUACGAGGCGACCAAGUGGUCGAGGGUGUUGACGAUGCCGCUGUCGAUUACAUUGGAGCGUGUACGUAGUCAGAUUCUUCUACGACCGGAGUUCAAGAACAUCGGUGAUCUCAGCCUCGAGGACAAGGAAGUGGUGCAGUCCAUCAAACGGAUCUGUUCGUUCGUUAGAUCGGCCCGUUUCAAGAAAAAGUUUUCAGUCGCGCGGGAUUCGUGAAGGAUGAAGAAUCUUGAACACAUUUGCUGCAGAGGAAUAAGUGUGACACAGUGUUACAUAAUAAUUUAUUUUUAAUUUUGCAAAUUGACAUAUUCACACAAUUGAGACACGAGCCUCU